CUCAGCGUAUCCAUUGUCACUUUAUCAGCCUUCCAAUCUAGAGCUUACUUUGGGAUCCAAGGACACUGAAGACAUGGCAAAGGUCACCUUCUCUCUCUGUGCUCUGCUUGGGCUUCUGCUGGUCUUCGCCGCUAUGGGCAACAGCAGCAAAGUAAAUCCAAGGAGCAAGUGCUGCACCAAAUUCCAAUCGAAACCACUGCCUUUUGAGAAUAUCCGUGGUUACAUUUUGGAUCGGAAAUGUCGCCUCUUUGCAGUCAAGUUCAUCACUAUAAAGGACAGAUCUGUUUGUGCUGAUCCGAAAGCGCAGUGGGCACAAGAUGCAAUGGAGUUUGUCAGACUGAACCAGACUGCAUCAGCAUAAUGUGUGUGGACACCUACAGUUUUAAUCGGAACCUCGGCCUGCAUCCAGGGGAAGCUUUUUUUUUUAUGACCCGCAGGCUUUAUAAAAGAUACAAUAGGCCUAUAGCUGAUACUGUAUAUGUCUGUAUACAUGUCUGAUUGCAAUACAAAGUAUUCAAUAAUGGAUACAAAUGUGCAUUAUAUUUCUGAGAAAUAUAAAGUUUUUAAUGUACCUUUUUAUAUUUUUGCAAUAAAGUCAUUGAGAAAAA